AUCCCGGGAAUGAGCCGUUCCCUGCGGGAACGCAGACCCCAUCGGGAGUGUCGUGUGCAGCUCUGGGAUCCUCGGCAUGAGAAGGAUAUGGAGCUGUGGGAACGGGUCCGGAAGAGGGCUACAACGAUGAUCAGAGGGCUGGAGCACCUCCCAUACGAAGACAGGCUGAGAGAGUUGUUCAGCCUGGAGAAGAGAAGGCUCUGAAGAGAUACUGCUGAAGUACCUGUUUUCCAGCACUUUCCUCAUUUAAUCGUCCAUUUGGGUCAGCUGGUUGGCAACAUGCCUUCUACUGAGAGCACCUCAAAACUUUUCCUGGUCCUUAUUUUAUUGCUGAUGGUGCUGCCAGUAGCUGAAGCCCUGGAUGCAGGAGACACCAUCGCCUUCCUACUAGGCCUCGCUGUCAGUGUCGUCGGAUUCUGUGCCUGCCUUGGCUUGUACGCAAGGAAAAGGAAUGGGCAGCAAUGAUUUCAAGAGAUGCUCAGAUGAGGUUCCAAAUUCAGCUUGCGGUUGAUGUCUAGGGUGUAAAACUGAGCUUCGGUUCUGGAUUACUUUCAAAAACCAUGUAGUAGAUAAUUCUGCAAACCCCUCUUGCUGUGCAAUACAACAGAAUCAAGACUGUACCCAGUAAAAAGGGUUUGUAGGGCUCUGUCCUUAUGACAGUAAGAUGAUUUUAUAUUGCUUGUGAUUAAAUAUUUCCUAGAGAAGGGUAAGAACUUUUUGAAUGGGGAGGGAAAAGUAUAGAGUAGUUCAUAGCAGAUGGUUAUAAAUGGAGCAUGCGUGGGAGACCAUCAAGAAGUUCCACAAUUUUGGUUUCAGGAGUUUAUCAGGAGGAAGCAGCUAUUAAUCUUGAAGUUAGGAUGACAAGGCUUUGGAAGUACUCCUAACUACAUAACUAAUGAGAAGAUUGCUUUGACUUGUGUGGAUGUGCUCACAUUCUUUGUAAUGACAGUUAACACCUAACAGCUCACUUCUGCUGUCAUGGGGAUGAGACUUUGGAGAACUAAGAAAACAUGGAAAACUGUAUUUCUUACAUAUUUUUAUUUUAGAAUGUGCCUCUCCUGUAACCUGUGUUCUUGUUACCAUGUAGAUACACGUAAGAAUGGGACCACUAUUUUUCUUUAACGUGUAUUUCACAGAAGAGCACACGUAAGGCUGUGUUAAUCAAAUGGGGGGGUUUAUUGUCUUGUUUAUUUUUUCAACUUAGCUUUCCUUUAGGCACACCGCGCUUAAGGCUUAUUUCAUUUGUUUGGUUUUUUUUUUUUCCCCGAAACUGAAGACUCAUAUUUUAAUGGGGAGUUAUGUGUAGUGUUUCUGCAUUGGGCAUUAUUAGAAUUACAUACAAGACGGUUGUGCACACGUUUCUUUUGCAAUAUGGAAACAACAUGUUUUGUUAAAAUCCUGAGUUUAGUCAACAGGUCCAUUGUUCUUGAGUGUCUUCCUUGUGACAAACUUAUGUUGUCAGCUAAACUUCUUGUCCAGUUGAUGCAUAGGAGUUCCGCAGAAGAUUAGGUCCAAAACCGAAGUAAAAAAUCUCGAUGCAAAAUGAGAGAUGUAAAUAGUCUUACUCUGUUCAUGCUCAGUCACGUUGUAUGGUAUAAAAUUAAAAGAUUUUACUCAGUAGCAUAUCCAGGACCUGUUUCUUUAAGUACCAAAGGUGAAAUGGCAUAGCCAAGAAUGUCUACCACAAGUCCCUCUGGCUUGUUAGGGUGUCCUAGCUGUCUGCUUGAGACAAGAAUCACAAUAUCUAAUAGCAGCAGAAUACGUAGUGUAGAAAGGUGAGCUCUCCACAGUUCACAGAAUUUCUUUCUAAUCUUGUGCUGUGGACGCUGCCACUCUUGCUAGAAACCUUGGCUUUUAUCUUUCAGAGCUAGGGAAAAAGGUUAAAUGUGAUGCAGAGCUAUAUAUUUUGAUACUAUUCCUCUCCUUCCUCUGUAAGUGUCUCUGUUCAGUAGAGCACAAAGAAAUGGCUAGAAGGGUUGUCAGACAGGUCUUAUGUAAGUAAUUGGGUGGGCAGAUCUGUAUGCCAUUUGUGAUUGCUUUGACUUCUGUUUCUAACCUCUGAGGAGGUAGAAGCCUUGGUUAUUUCAGUCUUGCACUUUGUUCUUCUCUCGUGGCUGAUGGAGGAAGGCAAAACAAAAGCUUCCAAAACUGCUUGAGGAUGAAACUGUAGGACUUAAGCCAGUAAGCCACAAGAAUGUACAUUUCUGCUCUUCAGUUACGGAAAUAAUAAUGGUCACAAAGUUAGUCUGAUGAGAUUCAAGGCUUUCCAGGUAGCUGUUCAUGAACCCAACCCUUUUUGUGGCUUCCAAAAGUCAGAAACUACAACUUCUAUGUACAAAUGAAUUUUGCAACUGUAGGAGGAUCUUCAGACAGUAGAGUCACUUCUGAAAGUUGCCGAGCAGCAGUAGAUGAUCCUGUAUGCAGUUAAUCAACUGAGUGGAUGCAAGUGCACAUCAAGAGUGAUCUUUCAUAUACUCACUUGGGUAAACCA